AUGCCCAAAUCGGCGACGGAUUUAUUUGGCGACCCUAUUGAGGAUUCCCAUCCAUUAUGGCUGAACCCGUCCAAAUUCUCGGAGCCCGAAUUCGACCCGGAGUCCUACAUCUCGGAUCUCCGCACCUUCGUCCCUUUCGACACACUGCGCUCCGAGCUCAGAUCGCAUUUGGGCGCUCUCAAACACGAGCUGGUCGAGCUGAUCAACCGCGACUAUGCCGAUUUUGUCAGCCUCAGCACAAAGCUCGUCGAUGUAGACUCUGCCGUAGUGCGUAUGCGGGCCCCGCUACUCGAGAUCAAGGAGAAGAUCUUGGCUUUCCGUGGUUCUGUUGAUGACUCGCUGGCGGCGCUCCAGAUCCGGCUCAAGCAGCGCUCUCAAGCCAACGAGGCUCGCGAAGUGUUGGAAUUGUUGCUCGACACAUUUCAUGUGGUUUCUAAGGUUGAAAAACUGAUAAAGGAGCUGCCUACUGUUCCAGCUGAUUGGCCCAAUGAAACCAUAAACUUUACUGAAAAGAUUCAACUAAGCAAUGGUAUUUCCUUUCAACAUGCUGAAAAUGGGACUAACCUGAGGGAGACACAGAGCAUGCUUCUGGAGAGAAUUGCUAGUGAAAUGAACAGGCUGAAGUUUUACAUUGCUCAUGCACAGAAUAUGCCCUUCAUAGAAAACAUGGUGAAGAGGAUUCAGAAUGCUAGCUCGUUGCUGGAUACAAGUUUGGGACACUGUUUUGAAGAUGGACUGGAGCACAGGGAUGAAAAUGCAAUAUAUAAUUGCCUACGUGCAUAUGCUUCUAUUGAUAAUACCAGUAGCGCCGAGGAAAUGUUUCGCUCAAAAGUUGUUGCUCCUUUCGUUCAAAGAGUUAUCCCCCAUGGCUCAUCUAAAGCACUUGGCGGGUCUUCGGGGGAUGAGCUGCAGCAAGACUAUGAAAGGAUCAAGCGACACAUCGAAGAUGAUUGUAAAUUUUUGCUGGAAAUAUCAUUUACAGAAAAUUCAGGUCUACACGUUUUUAGCUUUCUCACAAAUUCUAUUCUGAAAGAAGUUUUGUCAGCCAUCCAGAAAGGAAAACCAGGGGCCUUCUCUCCUGGAAGGCCCACCGAGUUCCUGAGAAACUAUAAAGCUAGCCUAGAGUUUUUGGACUAUAUAGAAGGUUACUGUCCCUCUAGAUCUGCAGUUGCUAAAUUACGUGAAGAGGCUGUCUAUUUAGAGUUCGUAAAGCAAUGGAAUAUUGGGGUUUAUUUCUCAUUGAGGUUUCAGGAAAUAGCUGGGGCAUUGGAUUCUGCACUUAUGGCUACUUCACUUUUACCUUCCCAGAAUUCCUCAAAACAGGAUUUUUCCCAAAGAUUAGCAUUAAGGCAAAGUGUAGCCCUUAUGGAUUGCUUGACAUCAUGUUGGAGAGAUGAUGUUCUUCUUAUGGCUUGCUCUGACAAGUUUUUACGCUUAUUUUUGCAACUUCUUUCAAGAUACUCAAACUGGUUGUCUGCUGGACUGAAUGCUCGUAAAGCUGGUAAUGCAACUGCCACCACCUCUGGAUCUGAAUGGGCCAUUUCUACUGCCCCAGAUGAUUUCCUCUACGUAAUUCAUGAUAUAAAUUGUCUUGUGGAAGAAAUUUGUGGUGAUUACCUUGAGCAUGUACUUGGGCAUCUAAAGCAGUGUUCCCCUGAAGUACUUGAUCUUGUGAAGCAGAGUAUUUUGCAGGGCGGAAACUCUCUCAAAGUUAUUCAACCCCUUGCAAUUAAUUCAAUUGUAGAAUCUUUAGUUGAGAAAUCUGUGGAGGAUUUGCGACAAAUGAAAGGAAUUACUGCAACAUAUAGGAUGACCAACAAACCUCCUCCUGUUCGGCAUUCACUUUAUGUAUCUGGGGUAUUGCGCCAUCUAAAGGGUUUUUUGGAAGGAGAACGAGCUGCUACAUACUUAACGAAGGAGGUCAAGCAGGAGCUUAUACAGGGUGCUGCUUUCGAGAUCACACGUCGAUAUUAUGAAAUGGCUUCUGAACUCGUCAGUGUGGCCAGGAAAACAGAAUCCUCUCUUCAGAAAAUUCGUUUAGGUGCACAAAGGCGAGCUGGAGCAAGUUCAGAUGUGUCGGACAAUAAUAUAUCCGAUACCGACAAGAUUUGCAUGCAGCUGUUUCUUGAUAUUCAGGAGUAUGGGCGUAACCUUAAGUACCUUGGGGUCGAUGCUGCUAGCAUUGCAGAAUAUCGUUCCUUGUGGCAAUGUGUUGCUCCUUCAGAUAGGCAGAACACAAUAAGCUUUUAG